UUCAAUUUCAAAUGUGCAUAGACGGAGUAGCGUUCUUGUGUUUGGGAAAGUGUUGACUGUGUUUUCACAGAUACAAACAAAAUGGAAAAUUUAUUGUGCACAUAUCAUGUAGUGUGUGUUCUGCUCCAUAAUGCGUAAUUCAUAAGUUUCGUACUUCAUGUCAAGCCGCAUGGUAAGAAGAAAUAUAGAAUCCCUAAGUAAGGAAAUUUCAAGUGUUGAGCAGAAACUGCAAGAUGUUUUGAAAUCGAAGAGUAAGAAGCCUGGUCUUGGGCGAAAUGAAACUGCGAGUCGCGACAUUGAAUUGUUUAUUACUGGACCGUCGGGAAAGAAACUACCAACAGCGAUAGUGAAGCCAGACACGCUAUUUCGGGCGCGCAAGGCUUCUGGCAAAUGUGUGGAUGUAUUUGAAAAUAAUGACGGUACUGUCAAGGUGACAAUAGAGCGGAAUAGCUCCUCUCGCGAAAACCGCAGACGUUCUCGCAGUACACCAGAAAUCAAUCUUGCGUCGGCAGAUGAUGAUAGAGCUACAAAGUCAAGCGAAAACAUGAAAAAAGUUGCUGAUCGUCGAAGUACGACAGGAGUAAUGCCAAGAAAAGUGAAAGCAACGCCGAGGUCCUUACACCAGUCAUGGGGCGAUGUGCUGGAUGGGAAACACAGGAGUGCAAAUGCAACACAGCAGCCAAGAAAGACACAACAAGGAAAUCUGAUUAAAAAGCAGCCUGAAAAGUGUGAUAAUAGUGAUGUACGUCCUUCAUCUGUGGCCCCUGCUGUUCAGCGAAAGGAUUCGAACAAUGCUGUGAAGGAAGAGAACUCUGCUGUUGCUAGUCGUACCUCCAUCUCAAAAAAUAAUGCUUCAGAAUCUAUACCAGCUUGUAAACCUCAACAUGAUACCAGUUCCUUAUCACCAUCCAGUUCGUCUUGUUACAGGUCUUCGGUGGCCAGUGGAUCUCGCGAGUUCCAGUCUGCAAUACCUCAUAGUCAGGCUGUAGAGAAUGAACCAUUUGCUCUGUUCAAUCCAGUAACUACAUUAAAUUUCCUUGUAAAGGAACUACGAGGGAUUGUUAGAAAGAACUCAACACCUACGUGUAUCUCACGUGUUUUAUGUGACAUUGAACGCACAGUGGCACGUAUUCCACCUGAAGUAUGUGAGAAAGAUGUUACUCAUGGUCAUGGUGAUGCCAGAAUCAGACAUGUAGUGCAAGCUCCCCCACCAGAACUACUGGAAGAACUGAGAAGAAAUGUGGAGCAUAUGGAGCAUAGGUCACGUCAGUUGCAUUCAACUUGCGAAGCCUUACGCAAAGAUCGCGACCAGCUUAGACAAACACUAACAACAAGACAGAGUGAGAUGGAUGCUAUAUUGCACAUACUGAAAGAGAAAGAGGCAACCAUAGAAAAACUUCAGAGAGAUUUUGCAUCAGUAAGUGCUAAAACAGAGGAAUACUGUAAGACAAUAACAGAAAUGUCCGCUUCUGUAAUUACACUCAAGGAAAGUAAAGAGGAUUUGUUGAAAAAACAAGAAGCAUUGGAGUCUCGAUUAAAAGAUACUAUGAAAGAGCUAGAGAAACAAACAGCAGAACUGCAGCUGAAAAACCUGGAAAGAGAGAAGAUGGCAGCUCAGCUGGGCUCGAGGGAGAGGGAACUGGAAGUAUGCAAACUGCAGCUUAUGGAAAUGAAAACAUUGGUUCGUGAUCAGCUGACUGCACUGCGGGAAGCUGUACGAGGUGGCCUGCCUCCAAGCCAGAUACCUCCACCCAGUCUGGCAGUAUCAGAAGAACAGCACAGACGACGUUUGCGCACCUCCUCUCCAACGUCCAGUGCAGAUUCAUCUCAGCUGAGUGUGUCACCCUCCUGGCACAAAAUUAGCUCAAUAACUCCACCACCGGACAUCAGUGCCGAUCCAGUCCGUACUCAGCCUGAACUCACUGAUCUACCUGACAGCCAGGCAUCAGUGACAAUUGCCGGACCCAGAGUACCAGCAGGGCGGAUAUCUCCUGAACACUUACCUGUGUCUCGUAUGGUGUUCAGAAGCCUCAACCAGGAGGAUUCUGGUGUUGGUAAUGAAGCUUCCAUCUCAAAGUCAAUAGAUGAUGUGAGAGUGCUUCCGCUAACAUCAGAAGAGGAGGUAGAUGUCAUGGCAACAGAUGGAGAGCCAGCUGCAUUUGUGAGUAAAAGCCUUCGUGAAAUGCUGGAAGGUUUGCAUAGACGAUCCCAGCAACUUGGAAUGCCAGCAAAUGGAACUGAUUUUCUGAAACUGCCACCACCAUAUCCGUCACUACCACCAGAACCUGGGGGGUUGUCACAGAUUAGUGCUCCUACAGAUGUGACAGAUACAUCUGCUGCUUAUGCAUCACUCAGUGAACCAGAGACUGCAAUUUUGAAGCUUGGUUAUAAUCAUAAAGGAAAAAACCUCAUAUGGCCUACAUAAUUCAGCAUCAUUAGGCUUUGUCUGGUUCGGAGCAUCCUACAAAAGCACUGAAGAUAGUGCUAGACAUGAUGUGAGGUUAAUCUCAUGAAGAAUUCUUUUAAAAUGAUGAAAUUUCAGAAUUCACUAGUGUCACUAAACUAAAACAAAGUGCGCAGUGAUUCAUACAUGUGGAAACUUUCAGAAACAUGUGUACAUAUAAUUAUGGAGGGAGUUAAUGCAGCAUGAUUUGCAGAAUUGUUAUUUUUAUUGUUUUGAUGUAAGGUUUUGAUGAAACAUUCACAGAUGAAUUUUAAACUGAAGCUAGGUGCUCAUUUCUUCCAAUGAAAAAAAUUAAUAAC